GUGUGUCCCCCCCUCCCCGCCUCCUCCUCCGCCGCCACCGCCUCCUCCUCCCUCCGCCCCCCGCCGCUCCCGCCCGCCCCGCCGCCCCUCCGAGUCGGCGGCCAAGAAAACCCAGAGAGACCUGGCGGCUGCCGGAGAAGGGGGAGCUGCACGGCAGGCGGAGCGCCCCGUAUCCCGCCGAAACUUAGGGAAGUUUGUCCGGCGGCGCGAACCAGGAGGCCCGCGGUGCCCGGCGCCCGGCGAGUAUGUGCGAGGAGCGGACUGCUCGCCGCGCCCCCUCGGGCGGAGCGGGGCGGCUGUAAGCGGGGCGGCCCGCGCCCCCCAGGGCCCUCACCGCAGCGCCUGAGCCGCCGCGGGCCCCGUCCCGCCCGGCCCCGCACUGCUCCGUGGCGGGCUGCCCUCCGAGCUCUGCGGGCGGCGAUGGCACGGGGCGGGCUGUGACGGGCGCCCCGUUAAGGGCUCGCCGCCUCACCGGAGACCGCCGGAGAGCAUCGCGUCCGCAGCAAAACGAGGACCCCCACGCCCCGCGCCUCUCGCCUGCCGCCGGCUCCCGUUCUCGCCGUCGAGACGUCUCUGCGAUCCCGUCUGAACUCCGUGCGCUGUCGCCUGCGGGGAGCAUCGAGGAAGAGCCCUGGCCCGGAGAUAGGCAGCGCGGGGAGAGGCUCCGAGGCCCAGGCGGGGAGCGGAGCCCGUCCCGCCCAAGCCGCCCGCCGCAGCGCCCUGACGGGGAGGCGCCGCUGCCGCUCGGAAGCGCCCCGCGCCCGGAGUGAGGCCACCGGGUACCGCCGCCCCGCGCCCGUAGGAGCCGGUGCCGCCGCGUCUGGGUACUCGCCGAGAUUGGUUUUGAAGGAGCGGACCGCGGCGGGGGCGAGGAAGAGGAGGCGGGAGACGAGCCCGGAGGAGGCGGCCGCCAGAGCGGGGCGGGCGGCGGCUCGCCGGGGCGGCAGGGGGACACCAUGUCCAAGCCGGUGGACCACGUCAAGAGGCCGAUGAACGCUUUCAUGGUGUGGUCACGGGCGCAGCGACGGAAGAUGGCCCAGGAGAACCCCAAGAUGCACAACUCUGAGAUCAGCAAGCGCCUGGGCGCCGAGUGGAAGCUGCUGACUGAAUCGGAGAAGCGGCCCUUCAUCGACGAGGCCAAGCGGCUGCGAGCCAUGCACAUGAAGGAACACCCCGACUACAAGUACCGGCCGCGGCGGAAGCCCAAGACGCUGCUCAAGAAGGACAAGUUCGCCUUCCCCGUGCCCUACGGGCUGGGCGGCGUGGCGGACCACGAGCACCCGCACGGGCUGAAGGCGGGCGGGCUGCACGGCGGCGCGGCCGGCGGGCUGGUGCCCGAGUCGCUCCUGGCCAACCCCGAGAAGGCGGCAGCCGCCGCCGCCGCUGCCGCCGCCCGCGUCUUCUUCCCCCAGUCGGCCGCCGCCGCUGCCGCUGCCGCCGCCGCCGCCGCCGCCAGCAGCCCCUACUCCCUGCUGGACCUGGGCUCCAAAAUGGCCGAGAUCUCAUCUUCCUCCUCUUCCUCGGGCUCCGGGCUGCCCUACGCCUCCUCGUUGGGCUACCCCGGCGCCGGCGGGGCGGGCGCUUUCCACGGGGCCGCCGCCGCCGCCGCCGCCGCCGCGGCCGCCGCCGGGGGGCACACGCACUCGCACCCGUCGCCCGGUAACCCGGGCUACAUGAUCCCCUGCAACUGCAGCGCCUGGCCCGGCCCGGGGCUGCAGCCGCCGCUGGCCUACAUCCUCCUGCCGGGCAUGGGCAAGCCCCAGCUGGACCCUUAUCCCGCAGCCUAUGCCGCGGCACUAUGACCCACGGCCGGAGGAGGCCCGCGCAGAGCUCCGGCGCCCGCCUGGAUGUGUGCCGGCACAUCCGUGCGCACGGGGAGGGGGGCGAGCCGCCGCUGGGGCCGCGGAGGGUGACCGGGCCAGGCGAUGGGGAGCGCCGGGGCGGCGGACGACCUGUUGCUCGUCCCCUGCCUGCUGCCCCGGUUAGACCUUGUGUGUGUUGCAUGCAGUCUGUGCAGAUAGCCCAGCUGAAACAGAAGAGAAAAAAAUGCAAAAAA